CAUAGACCCUCAGAAUGGAGUCUAUAUGGUCCACAAAAGUUUUCAUGGAGCUUCUACUCCACUCCAUGUGCAAAUAAAAAUAUGGGGGGAACCACAUCGUGUUUCAUGUGAAUUAAAUGAGUGCCAGACUAAUAUGGAGUUGGCUUGGAGAAGUGGACUGCUGUCAUACCAAUGUGUUCACCUCCGGUCAGUUUCAUACUGCAAAACAUUUUUAACCUCACCUUCACUCACAGAAGAAAGUUUAAAAGAAAUGGUUAAAAGCAAGUGGUUUGGGCAGGACAAAAUAAAACAGUGUGUAAAUCGUCAAAAACUAGCCCAAGAAGAAAAUGCACCACUGUCAGUUGAAUCCAAGAUUGGAGUCCCACCAACAAAAAGGUUCAUAUCGGUCUACGAGCCUAAUAUAUCAUAUUAUAGUAGACUGGGCAGAGUCAUGGUAUCAUAUGACACCAAGAAGAAUUCAUGGCACUGUCCCUGUGCAAAAACCCAGAGAUCAUGUACCCAUAAAUACAUAGCAAAAUGGCACCUCUUUCAAAUUCACCCUGAACUCUUCCGAAAAGUUCGGAGCACUGAAAGCACCCACACAAAUUUGAGGCAACCCAUAACUUUCACACCUUUCGAGGGAAGGUUACUCGAACCAACCACUGAAAAUAUUGCAAAAGCAAAAUCCGGAAAAUUACAGGUAACUCUGCCAUGGCUCACUGCAAAAAAGCAAAGUCCAGAUCCGGAUGGUCAUCCAAUAACUGGUUCUGCAGAACACUAUGUUCUGUAUGACCGCUUUCACGAAGACAACACAAAAGAUCCUCGUGAUUCACUGAGGAAGCUUCGUCUUGUGCCUCAACUAGCUGGCAAAGUUAACAGUCAGGCUGCAGAACAGCUUUUUUCAAAGCUAAAGAAAAAUAACUACUUUAUGAACAUGGCAUUGCCAUCCACACGUUUUCCUCAUGCGAAACAUCAUCCACCAUUACAAUGUCAGAAAAAACGAGAAACGUCUUCAUGACAUAAAAAAGGAAUUCAACACAAACAUUCACAUGAAUGACCACAGCCAGGUUGUGUUAGAAAAUCCAUCCUCCACAGAGAAAUGCAUGGACAUGUCACUUGGACCACUGACCGCACUGCCAGAAAAUAUUGUGACUUUACAAACGACCGCUGCAUCACCAGGCAUAACAUCAGUCACAUCUCCUCUGUCAUCAGUACCAAUUACAGAAAAAACAGCUUGUGAAUCUACCACUCUUCUGAAUUUUUUGGAACCUACUAAGCCUUGGGAGAGGGCCUGUCAUCCAUUACAAGAGAAACUGCUUGAUUAUGUGCUGGACCGAAAUCGCCCUGGCAGUGAAAUAAUUGUGAAGGAGGGGCAAGUGUGCCUUAUUCGAGAAGAAUUUUGGAGCCUUGGAUUGUUGAGGGACAUGGACUCCCAUAUUGGAAACGCCUGCAUGAAGCUUAUUUGUGAAAUGGCUCGACAAAUUGGCAAGGACAUAUACAUUGAGGACUUUUAUGUUGUCCCUGUGUGGAAAGAAACUCCUAACAACAUUGUUACUGGAUUACCGGAAAAUUGCUUACCAAGUGGAUCAUGGGACAUGGACUGAAAAGACUGGAUAUGAUUUUCCAGCUUUGCCACGUCAGACAAGAGGGAAUGAUUGUGGUGUUUUUGUACUCAUGUACACCCUCUCAAUGGUGUGUGGCAUUGGGUUUCAAUUCCAGGAGAUGGAUAUGCCUAUCAUCCGUCAGUGGUGGUGCCUUCUACUCAUGGAACGAUUUCAAAUUGAUGGGUAUGUCAGU